AGGGUGCCAUGUGGCGGGUGUCGACUGCUCUCUUUACUCUACUAGCUGUUCUAGCAAAUGCAGCCGAUCUACAGGAACAAGCUUACGAACUUCCUGAUGGAGAAUAUGCAAAUGAACUUAGUUUGCUGGAGCUUAUUCCACAACCAAAGGAGCUUUCGGGCAAGCCAGAUCUGGAUAGCGAAACGGCUCGGUAUGAUAAGCGCGAAGAAGACUUGAAAAAAGAACUACUCGGAGUUUUCCGCUAUGGAAAACGAUCAAACAAGAAGAGCGUUCCAGGUGUCUUGCGAUUUGGGAAGCGAAGCGUGCCGGGUGUGUUGCGAUUCGGAAAAAGAGAAAUACCGGGUGUCUUACGAUUUGGUAAAAGAUCUAUGCCCAGCGUUCUUCGAUUUGGCAAAAGACGUGAAAUUCCAGGAAUGAUGAGAUUCGGAAAACGAGCGUGUGCUACGCUUUGGCAAGUAAAAAAGCACAUUCCACAGAACGGCAGUAAUCACAAGCGAGUCACACACUAUUCCUCAUUGGGGACACCUAAUUGCGACAUUAGAAUAAAAGUUGAACAGUUGAAUAAGGUCUAUCACAAAUAAAAACAUGGUCUUCAUAGUAUG